GCCAGCAGUGAACCUUGCGACGAUGACGAGAUAUGCGUCCGACUGGUUCCUCAUGUCACGUACAAUUCGCAAUGCUUUGUCUUUGAUGUGAUUGAGCGGAGCUUACAGCAAGGGGCAGUGCUAAAGUUUGGUCGAUAUAACAAUAGUUGGCAACACGAUUUAAACCGUCUGUCAUUCAAGAGCAAGGUUGUGAGCCGUAGUCAUGCCGAACUUUGGUCGGAGGAUGGGAAGGUCUUUAUCCGAGAUACGGGAUCAUCGAGCGGUACAUUUGUCAAUCGUAUGCGACUAUCUUCUGUAAAAGAGGAUGACGAUUCGAUUCGAGAAGUUUGUGAUGGUGACAUUAUCCAGCUUGGUGUCAAUUAUCAACAGGGAGUUGAGCCUGUGUUUCGUGCAGUUCGCAUGCGACUUCAAGUCAGUCACCUCCGCCACACUACUAACAACAACAACAACAACAGCAGCAACGGAAGCCCAAACAAGCCUACCCAACAACAACAGCCAAAGAACCGUGGAGAUAUGCAAGAAUGCUGCAUUUGUCUCUAUGCCAUCGCACCUUCACAAGCUCUGUUUGUUGCCCCAUGCACCCAUGUUUGUCACUUCAAGUGUUUGCGGCCGUUGGUGGAGCAAAACUUUCCUGCUUUCUCUUGUCCGCUUUGUCGAACUUAUUCUAAUCUCGAUGCCGAGGUCCAGGUGGACGUGGAUGAGGUAUUA